ACUGAUAAUAAGUAAACUCAGUUAAUCUUGUAGAUAGAAACCUUUCCCUGAGGAGAAGGUGUGGGUAUGUGUGCUGGACUUUGCAUAUGUGUUAUACAUCCUUAAGAGGGCCAAUGCAGAAAAGUAAAAUAUUAGCAAGGCUUGGAACACAGGCAGCCAAGACUGUCUCCGGAAAAGUCUUCCUCUGCCAACUCACAGCUGGAUUUGCAGGGUGGAAACGAAAUUGAAGAAAUGGCCGAGAAAGAAAGCAAUGCAAGAGGAAAAAAAGAGUUGCUAAAAGUAACGGUGUCCUCCUGCCUCAGCCGUGGCAGGAACGUGCACAAUGAGGGUUAACUUAAAUCUGAACUAAACUCCAAGCCACACCAUUGGAAAUCUUCCCAGCUAACUCACCACGACAGCAAAGAGUUAUGUGAGGCAAAUGGUAAAAACAGGAUGGACCUCUUACAGAAAAGAGAAUCUGAGGAGACUCUAUUCACUUCUGUUUCUACAGGAGACAAUCCUGCACCAGGAGUUUGCACUUCAAAGAAAAAAUCUUCGAAAAUAUGUGGUACCAAUUACCCUCUCAGCAUCGCCUUCAUUGUGGUGAAUGAGUUUUGCGAGCGCUUCUCCUACUAUGGCAUGAAAGCUGUUCUGACUUUAUACUUCCUCUACUUCCUCCACUGGGAUGAGAACACAUCCACCUCCGUCUACCAUGCCUUCUCAAGCUUGUGUUAUUUUACACCCAUUCUUGGUGCAUUCAUGGCUGACUCUUGGCUGGGAAAAUACAAAACUAUCAUUUAUCUCUCCAUUGUUUAUGUUAUUGGGCACGUGGUCAAGUCUGUUGGGGCAAUCCCAAGCUUUGGAAACCAUAUUGUUCAUGUGGUACUGUCAAUGACUGGACUGACUCUGAUUGCUCUCGGAACGGGAGGGAUCAAACCCUGUGUAGCAGCGUUCGGUGGAGACCAGUUUGAAGAGGAGCAUGCCCAGGAAAGAAGCCAGUUCUUCUCUGUCUUCUAUCUGUCCAUUAAUGCAGGAAGUUUGAUCUCCACUUUCAUUACUCCUGUGUUGAGAGGGGAUGUGGAGUGCUUUGGAGGAGAUUGCUAUGCUCUGGCUUUUGGUGUUCCUGCUGCUCUAAUGGUCAUAGCUCUUGUUGUGUUUAUUGCUGGGAAUGGAAUGUACAAAAAGACUCCACCACAAGGAAAUAUCUUGCUUGAAGUUUGGAAGUGCAUUUGGUUUGCUUUGACAAACCGAAUCAAAAAUCGCGCCCAACAUAUACCUAAAAGGGAGCACUGGUUGGACUGGGCAUCAGAAAAAUAUUCCCACCAGUUGAUCACUGAUGUUAAGAUGGUGACCCGUGUUCUAUUCCUCUUCAUUCCACUGCCAAUGUUCUGGGCUCUCUUUGAUCAACAGGGUUCUAGGUGGACAGUACAAGCCACUAAAAUGAACGCUGAUUUUGCAGGAUUCGUCCUUCAGCCUGACCAAAUGCAGUUUUUAAAUCCCCUCUUGAUCCUAGUCUUCAUCCCAGUUUUUGACUUCGGACUGUACCCCUUUGUCAACCUGUGCAAACUUAACUUCACACCCAUUAAAAAGAUGGCAACCGGGAUGAUCCUCGCAGCCAUAGCGUUUGCAGCUGCAGCUAUUGUGGAACUCAAGAUAGAGGAAAAUGCUAUGCCAACACCAGUUCCCAAAGAAAGUUACAUUCAGGUCCUGAAUUUGGCAGACAGCAGCAUCGAAGUGGCAAUCCAAGAUUAUGGCCUAUAUCGGGAGCCAAUUAAAGCUUUCCAGGACCCUGAGGAAUACUCCAAAUUAAUUCUGAGUAGUGACCAGCAACAACUUCAUUUUAACAUUCAGUCCCAAGGAUCACUUUCCAUGUUUAAUCAUACUGUCCAGGAAAUGACAGUGAACACUUUAAUUGUCUACAAGACAGAAGGAAGCCUAGCAAGCCAAUUAGUUAAAGACAUGGAACAAAAACCCACAGAAGGAAUGUCAGCUGUGAGAUUCAUUAAUACUUUAGGCCAGAAUGUCAACAUCACUCUUGGCAACGGAGAGUUUGUUAAUGUUAACAGAAGUUAUGGUGUUUCAAGCUAUACGAUCUUAACGAGGGGAAGAUACAACGAUUUAAAGUGCACAUUGGGAGCAGAAGAACUCUUCUUGUCCCUGGGCCUCCUUGAUUUUGGAGCUUCGUACACGGUUGUUAUAACCAACACGUCUGCACAGGCCCUCCAGACAUGGAAGACAGAAGACAUUCCGGCCAAUAAUGUCCAUAUUUCAUGGCAGAUUCCACAGUACCUUUUAAUAUCAGCUGGAGAAGUGAUGUUCUCUGUUACAGGACUUGCCUUCUCCUACUCCCAGUCUCCUGUCAGCAUGAAGUCAGUGUUGCAAGCAGGUUGGCUUUUAACUGUAGCCAUUGGAAAUGCAAUAGUGCUCGUUGUUGCCCAGGCUGCACCUCUGCAACAGUGGGUCGAGUUUGUCCUAUUUGCUGUGCUCCUUUUUGUCGUGUUCGUUAUUUUCUCCAUCAUGGGAUAUUUCUACACAAGCGUGGAUCCGGAAGACCUCAUUGCCAAUGAGAAGAAGCGAAAGAUGUCAAGCAAUAAAGAUAUGAUUGACCUUGUCACUAAGAAAACAGAGCUAUAAGAUGAUUGUGGACACUGGACUGGGCUUCAUGGCUUUUUUGUUUUAACAUGGUGGUAAGAAAAUGGAUUCAUUUUUCAUGCUGACUUCCCACAAAAAUUAUUAUAUUCGGGAGAAAAGAAAAGAAAAGAAAAAAAACCUGAUAUGAACUACUGGGAACUAUAGCUAAUUACAGUAAAGGCAGUGUAGUUGUAAAUAUGCCAUUUUCUUUUGGCCCCAUCAAGUGUUUAGUAUAGUUCUUUUUAAAAAUACAUUUAUAUUUCAGUCCUAUGCAUCUGUAUCAAGCCUGACGGAACUCAAUGAUACUUAUUCCCAGGUUGAUGUUUAUAUUAUUAAGGAUAUUUACUCGGGGGAUAAGCAUAAUGUACAUCAUACCAAACAAUAGGCCAGGUUUAUUAAGAAAGCUGAAUGGAAGAUAAUAAGGAAAACAUCGUAAAGAACAAAUGAACAAAAGCACAAUGUAGCAUCUAAUUCUCUUGA